AUGUUCCGUCAAUCCACUUUCCGAGCCCUCGGCAAUGCCGCUGGGCUAGCUACCAGCAACGUAUCCCGUGCCUUCAGCAGCACCGCGCGACGAGAUUUCGCCAGACUCACUCUCGUCGGCCGUCUAGGCAUGGAGCCAGAGGUUACAACUUCCGUGAAUGGACGCGAAUAUAUUAGAUAUCACAUUGCUACCUCCUAUGGCCCCCGAGAUAACAAACAGACCAGCUGGUUCCGCAUCAUGAGCUUCGUUGACGGGCCCGCCAGGGACAACUUGCUUAGUCUUCCAAAAGGAACUUUAAUGCUCGUUGAAGGAGAUGCCAGCCUUCGCGUUGUCGAGGAGGGAGAGGGAAAGAAAUCCAGCGUCCUAAACGUUGUCCAACGCACAUACGAAGUCCUCAGCAGACCUUACAACCAAAACAACCAGCAAGAAAACAACCAGCAAGAAUCGUAG